CAAUUAAUUGUAAAUUCCAUACUGUAAGGGUCAACCGUAAGUUUAGCCGUAUAUAAUGUACAGGCUUGGAAUAGCUUCCUAACUGGGAAUAGCUUCCUAAAAUUCCUCCUUGCAUCUAUAUAUUAUUGUACUCUGUUCUAAGGAAUAUUUGAAAGAAUCUCUGUUUGACAUGGUAUCAGAGCAUGGUCUUCGAUUUCCUGCUCCACUUUAUUCUUUACCAAAAACGUGUUCAUGGAGGACACCAUUGAAUUGACGCAACAGCAUACCAUCUCGACCGAAUCCAUCCUUGACGACCUGACGACCAAGAUGACGGAAGUCUUGGCCAGAGCCCAGACCUCAUCACAAUCAUCGAUUGCUGAUUCUCCUAUGGUUCCAAUCGGCAUCAAGUUGGAUGGUUCCAACUAUGCUUUAUGGUCCCAGGUUGUUGAGAUGUCUAUCUCUGGCAAAGACAAACUGGGAUAUAUCAAUGGAGACUCUCCCCAGCCUCCUGAAAAAGACCCAUCGUUUCGAAAAUGACGAACCGAGAAUGCCAUUGUGAAGGGGUGGUUGAUCAACUCGAUGGAUUCUUCCUUGAUUGUGAACUUCAUUCGCUUCCCAACGGCCAAACAGGUUUGGGAUUCUGCUGCUAUAACUUACUUUGAUGGAAUUGACACCUCGCAAGUAUAUGAUCUCCGGCGUCGUGUGACUCGCAUGAGACAAGCAGGUGGAUCCAUUGAAAAAUACUAUAAUGAUCUACAAGGUUUGUGGCAUGAAAUUGAUUUUCGUCGCCCCAAUCGAAUGGGAUGUGCCGCAGAUAUACAAAAAUAUAACUCAAUCCUACAGGAGGAUAGAGUUUACACCUUCCUGGAUGGGUUGGACGAUCGACUAGAUAACACUCGGAGUGAUGUGCUGCAGCUGAAACCUUUCCCUACGGUUGAACAGGCCUACGCUCAUGUUCGACGGGAGGAUGUUCGACAAACUGUGAUGGCAUCUGGGGCAGAAGCUACUUCUGGUGGUGUCGUUAUGGCCACUAAAGGAAUUAAAUCAAGACAAUUUCAAACACUGGUGAAAUCAGGGUCACUUUCCCUGAGUGGUGGGAAGUCCAACUCAUCCGCCAGGCCUAAGGGUCAAUCUGAUGGAGGGAAAUGUACUCAUUGUGGCAAUGCAAAACAUACCCGUGAUACUUGCUUCAAGCUCCAUGGGUACCCAGAUUGGUGGCAUGAAUUACAGGCACGAAAGAAACGAGAUCCUGCUGCUAUUGAGGAAGGCACGGGUAGAGCUGUUGUGGUCACUGCCGAGCCUCAAUUAUCUCUCAUUCCCCUGGCAGAACCCUCCACUUCUCUCACUGAUCGAGGAUAUUCUCAGCAAGGAGAUCAUUGGGCGUGGUACUAAGAGGGGGGGAUUAUAUUACAUGAAUGACUUCAGCCCGGGAACAGCAAAUUGCAUGCACCAUCAGGUCAACAAUAAGGAGAGACAGAUUUGGCUCUGGCAUCGUCGCUUGGGGCACCCAUCGUUUGGUUAUUUACGGCAUCUUUUUCCAGAUUUGUUUUCCAAUUUACAAACAGAAGAUUUUAAAUGUAAUACUUGCAUUGUAGCUAAGAGCCAUAGAGUUUCUUAUCCAGUGAGUUUGAAUAAAAGUGAUAUUCCCUUUGCCUUAA